AUUCUCCCGAUCCCUGCGGAACGGAAGCCAACUCAGUGCACGUGGCAGGGCGGGGAGGAGCGACCAGCGUAGCCGCCGGUAGCUGCAGUAUGGCGCCCCCGUCCCCGGUCGCCAAUCCCAGGGUCUUCUUCGAUGUGGACAUCGGAGGCGAACGCGUUGGUCGAAUUGUCUUAGAAUUGUUUGCAGAUGUUGUGCCCAAAACUGCUGAAAAUUUCCGUGCACUAUGUACAGGAGAAAAAGGGAUAGGGCCUACCACUGGAAAGCCUCUUCAUUAUAAAGGAUGCCCUUUCCAUAGAAUUAUUAAGAAAUUCAUGAUCCAGGGUGGAGACUUCUCAAAUCAAAAUGGCACAGGUGGAGAAAGUAUAUAUGGAGAAAAAUUCGAAGAUGAAAACUUUCAUUAUAAGCAUGAUCGGGCAGGGCUGCUGAGCAUGGCAAAUGCAGGACCCAAUACAAAUGGCUCUCAGUUCUUUAUCACAACGGUGCCAACUCCUCACCUGGAUGGGAAACAUGUGGUGUUCGGCCAGGUGAUCAAAGGGAUGGGUGUUGCUAAAAUAUUAGAAAAUGUUGAAGUGAAUGGAGAAAAACCUGCACAGUUGUGCAUUAUUGCAGAAUGUGGAGAGCUGAAGGAAGGCGAUAACUGGGGAAUUUCCCCAAUGGAUGGCUCUGGAGAUACUCACCCAGAUUUCCCUGAAGAUUCAGAUGUAGAUUUAAAACAUGUUGACAAGAUUGUGUCUAUAGCAGAAGACAUAAAGAAUAUAGGAAAUACUUUCUUCAAAUCACAGAACUGGGCAAUGGCAACUAAAAAGUACAUUAAGGGCUUAAGGUAUGUGGAGGCUUCUAAAGCCAUAGUGGAGGAGUCAGAUACAGCAAAGUUGAAUCCUGCUGCCUUGACCUGCUUUUUAAAUAUUGCUGCUUGUAAACUGAAGGUGUCAGACUGGCAGGGAGCUAUUGAAAGUUGUUGUGAGGCACUUGCACUAGAUCCAGCAAACACCAAAGCACUUUACAGGCGGGCUCAAGGCUGGCAGGGAAUAAGAGAUUUUGAUCAGGCACUGGCUGAUCUUAAGAAGGCUCAAGAGAUAACACCUGAAGAUAAAGCUAUCCAAACUGAAGCACUCAAGGUGAAACAGAAGAUAAAGGCCCAAAAAGAAAAGGAAAAAGCAGCUUAUGCUAAAAUGUUUGCUUGAGUGAAGGUUUUUCCUAUUAAAGUUUAAGCACUGAAUGACUAACUUGUACAAUAGGAGUGUUUACAGAGGUGGUAGAGGCAAGUGUUACUUCUGUUAUCUGCCCCAUACUGCAAUCAGUUGAUUGUGUCCACUGUUUACUAUUUAAAUUGGGGUUUCAUAAUAAAGGUAGAAGUUAAAA